AUGACAAUGAACACUAAUUCGAAGAGAUUGUCGGCCAUGAUCGACUCUCUUCACACUGACAAGGAUGAUGAUCUCUUCUACGUCCAAAAAACCACAAGUGCCAAUACAGGAAACAGUGGCACAUCGUCGCUGGACAGUCUUCCGAAACCUCCUGCGGCUCAUUCAAAUGUUGCAAGUGAAAGAGGCUUGACAAGUCCCAAUUUCAAAUUUGGCAGUCCUGGAAAUCGGGAGAGUCUCAUCUCAGACUACUCAGCAAGUAUCCAUGAGGGGGUUCCGGUGUACCUGAAUCAAAAAACGUACAACACACGCGAUGAUCGGCCUGUCAUCUACUCAGCAGUCAAUUUUCCACUUUCAGAAGAAACUGUGGCCCAAAAUGAAGAGAUACCGUACCAACAGGAGAAAAAGAGCCCCAAUGAUCUAGAAGGACUUCGCGCACCUUCUCCAAAUGUUAACGUGGCAAGAGACCAUGGUCCAAAAGGGAACACCACUUUAAAACUAUCAGCAACGCAACAUUUUCAUCACAAGAAGAAUUCGACGGUUGGAUCAGGCAACAUGGCUAGCGAGAGUGGCCACUCUCACAAUAUUUCCGAUGCACACAGCUCUUUGAAGUUUGUCAACCAAGAACAACUAUCACCAGCUAACAGGAACAUCGAAAGUGAACAAAUUCAGGUUGGCGAAACAUUGCGUAACAAUGAAACCCUUCCCUUGGAGAGCAAAACCGAUGACGUACACAAGUCUCAGUCACCUGCUCGCUCAUCCACAAUCAAAUCAAUCCCAAGCUCAGUACGAGACGCAAGUGACACACAAUCUCUAGUGUCUAGUAUAGUGCCCUCUCUACGAACACAUCUUCCCACAGAACGGACACAAGCUAUGCUUCCCGAUCGCUCGCAAAGCUCUGACUACAAUCCAUCAAUUCCGCCCAGAAGCCGAAAUCGUCCAAAAUCUCACCUUUUUAUCAAAAACGGGCUUGACGACAUUCAAAGUCAAUUACAGGAGCAAAUGGCACUUGAUCAUUCGCGAAGCACGUCUCGAACAAGUACCAACAAAUCUAGCAGUUACUUUUCCGCCAUUGAUCCCGCCAGCAGAUUUAAUAUGGAUGAUUAUGAAGACGGUGAUGAAGACCAAUUUGGUAAACCUGAUGACGAUGAUAGCUAUCUACACAGACCUCUCCCCACCGUUCCUGCAAAUCAUCAGAAAGGAUCCAUCGACCGGAAUGAAACCAUUUUGAUCUCGCCAGCUCCUGAAUCGAACCCACAACCACCACGCAUGCCGAGUUUUCCUCCUUCGUUGCCUAUCUCCCGUGACAGCGAAUCCAUACUGAACACUAAGAAAGAUCUUUUGGAGCAGGACCCACCAACCAUCGACGGCAAUGAUGACGACUACGAAGAUAUACCUGAUGAAAACUCAACUGAAUCCGGUGUACCUCCCAUUACAACCACAGGAAAAGCCUCUAAAAACAGAAGAAGUGCUCCUGAUGGACCCAGACCGAAAUCGCAUGGAAAUCGCCGCGAAAAGCGGAAGAGUCGGGAUGGUAAACGUGAGGUUCGGUCUUUCGAUAUUGAUACCAUUGCUCAAAUGCUGGACGUUACAAAGGGGACAAUGAUUGGAUCGGAAUUUGCCGAUCUGGGAAUGCAAACGGAGGAGAAAAGGGCUUUGGAACGACUUGUGGACUCGCUUUCGAGACUCACGGCCGAUAUGGUCAUCGACCCAAGACGUUUUCGAGAGGGCAUGAAAAGAUUGGAUAAGGCAACAAGAGCACUGGAGGGGUUUUAA